AUGCAUUUUUUUUCGAAAUUUCUCCGCUUUUCAACUUCAAAUGUUCGUCUUUUUACUUCCAUUCGACAGAAACAUUCUUUGGAAGGACCUGAACCAGCUUAUCAUCAUGUUGUAUCCGGUUAUCAAAUAUAUAAACAUCAAAAUGAACCUUUUCGAUUGAAAUAUAAUAAUAAAUCCUUAAAUGAAUUUCAACUUGCUUAUGAAACAUGGGGUAAAUUAAAUGCAAAAAAAAAUAAUGCUAUUCUUAUAUUUACGGGUCUUAGUGCUAGUUCACAUGCAAAAAGUCAUAAUGAAAAUCAAAGACCUGGUUGGUGGGAAAAAUUUAUUGGACCUAAUUUAGGUAUUGAUACUAACCAUUUUUUUGUUAUUUGUUGUAAUCAUCUUGGAGGUUGUUAUGGUUCGACUGGACCUUCAUCAAUAAAUCCUACAACAAGUAAACCAUAUGGUGCUUCUUUUCCUAUGUUAUCUGUCGAAGAUUUUGUUCGUGCACAAUUUCAAUUAAUUAAUCAUUUUGGAAUUAAUAAACUUCAUGCAAGUAUUGGUUCAUCAUUAGGUGGAAUGUGUUCAAUUCUCUCAGCUCUGUUAUAUCCCGAAAAUGUUGGCAGAGUAGCAACUAUUUCAUCUUGUAUGGCUCCAUAUCCAACUGCUAUUGCUCUACGAUAUCUUCAACGAAAAAUGAUAAUGACUGAUCCAAAUUGGGAACAUGGUCAUUAUUAUGAUAAAGGUGUUUAUCCACUUGAUGGAAUGCGUAUUGCAAGAGAAAUUGGAACACUUACAUAUCGUUCAGGACCUGAAUGGCUUGAACGAUUUGGUUUACGUCGUUUUAAUGAUGCUAUUCAAUUAACACCAACAUUUGAAAUUGAAAAUUAUUUACAAUAUCAAGGUUUAACGUUUGCAAAAAAAUAUGAUCCUAAUUCAUUAUUAUAUAUUUCUAAGGCAAUGGAUUUGUUUAAUUUAACUGAAGGAUAUGAUAAUCAAACUGAUGCCUUUUCGAAAAUUCAAUGUCCUGUACUUGUUUUAGGUGCACAAACCGAUAUUCUUUUUCCAAUUUGGCAACAGAAACAAUUAGCAGAGGAACUUAUAAAAUCAGGAAAUUCAAAUGUAACUUUCUUUGAAUUAAAUAGUAUUUUCGGACACGAUACAUUUUUAUUGGAUGUUAAUGGUGUUAGUACUGCUCUUAAAGGUUUUCUGGAAAUAUCGGCUUUGUCAAUUGAAGAGAAAACACAAACCUAG